AUGAUAAAUGUAAAUGAUUUACCAGUGGUUGGUGGUGGCAGAGAUAAGAGAAUAUGGACUGGAAUAAUCACAGGGGAAUUCACAGUUGCUUCAGCUGUGGAAGCAAUUAGAGACAAAUUUUCCUCUUUGCAUUGGACUAAAAAGGUAUGGCACAACUCUAUUCAUCCUAGUAUAUCCAGUAAUGUCUGGAAACUAGUGAGAAAUAUAUGUGCAACUGAUGAUAAUAUGAAAAAGAGAAAAUUUAAUAUGGUAUGCAUAUUUUGUAGAAGGGAGGAGAAAACUAGAGAGCAUAUUCUUUGGUAUUGUAAUUUCAGUGAGAUCAUUUGGAGCUGGCUUGGUGGCAUUUUCAAUUUUAAAAAUCCAAGAUCAUUUGAAGACAUCUGUCAAUGGGAAAAAAACAGAGCCCCGGCUGUGAAAGAGAUAUGGUUGUUGAGUUCAUUUAUAACUAUGAAGGAACUAUGGUUUCUGAGAAAUGAGUGUACUUAUGGGAAUGGGAAGUGUGAUCAGAAUGUCACCAAGAAGAGAAUUCAACAAGCAAUAGUUGACAGUGAUCUAAGACUGAAAGAAAAUAUGUGGAAUAAACAAUAUGAUCUACAGCUUCUCAAACAAUUUGGCCUGAAGACAAGAAGUGUGAAAAGUAUGGUCAUUAAAGAAGUGUUCUUUCAGUUGCCAGAACAGGGUAAGUUGCUACUGUGUUGUGAUGGUGCAUCUAGAGGAAAUCUAGGAUAUGCAGGUUAUGGGUUUGUGGGAAGACUCAGUUUUGGUGAUUUUGUAAUUGCUAUUUCAGGGGGACUGGGUAUAUCAACUAAUUAUUAUGCAGAGAUUUCUGCAAUCUUAAUGGCGGGAGAAUGGGAAAUACAUCAUGGAUUUAAAGUCCUGGUAUUCAGAACAGAUUCACAAGCAGUCAUUAAUGCAUUCCAGAGUAACAAUCUUCCAUGGUUUGCAGUCACAAGAUGGGAGAAUAUUUGUGUUGAAGUAAUAUCUUGGAGCUUUAAGCAUAGUUACAGAGAAGUAAAUUUCUCUGCUGAUAAAGUUUCAAAGAGAGGUGCACUUUUAGGCAGACGUGAACAAAGAGUAUAUGAAAGAAAAACAUCUUUUUCGAGUUGUCUAGAAAAUCUAGAUCAAGUGUAUUUUAGAUUUUGUUAG